ACUCUGAUUUAAAACGUCUGGAGCUCAUUGGUUCCCGUUCUUUCAGUUUCGCUAUCUCCACUAACGCCUCAAUUUCUAAUUACUUGCCAAAUUAUCAGAUUCUAUAAUUUGUAUCCAUCCCAGGUCUCUUACUCAGUCGUGUGGAUAUAAACAAUAUAUUUCUCUUUAUAGAAGGCGUACAGACAACGCACUAUCCAAAUUCAAACAUUCAAGUGAAAACUUAUAGCUAUGUCCUUUUCUACCAUUAAGAAACACAUAGCACGAUGUAAUCAGGUAAAAGAUUUUCUUCAUCCCUGGAGUUCGUCUGACAGUUUUUGUCCGAAAAAUUGGGAGCUACCAAGGGGAUGGACAAGGGCCCUGAUUACAAACAACUUACACAGCUUAUGGACUCUUACAAAGCUUUUUACGAAGAUAUGCAGAAGCGGGUUAUUGACUGUUUGGAACCUAACCCUAAUGCGCGAAAACGAGCAUGGGCCAAUGCUGCUGUAAAUAAAAUUCAGAGAACCACAAGCAGUGAUAGUUAUCCUCAUGCCGAGAAGUUUCUUUCUGACUGCUUUCUGGAGUACGGAAGACAAUUGAGUCAGCAAUCCGAUUUGAGUCUGGCACUUACACAAUGUGGAGAAGCAUACAAUAAAAUUGUUGAAUCAAAAAAUCAAUCAGUAGAUGAAACAAAAUCUGGCUAUUUAAAACCGAUUUCUGAGAAGUUACAUCGAGAUAUCAGGAAAAUAUCGGCACUUCGAAAAAAGGUUGAAAAUAAACGACUAACGCUUGCUCAUAGAAAAAAUGUUCUAGAAAGAACCAAAGUUCAACCAGAUCAAGCAUUUGAGGAGUCUAGAAUUCAGUAUGAAGACGCAUUGGCUGCUAGUACAACAGCUAUGUCGAACUUUUUAGAUACUGAAGUUGAACAGAUCAAGACUUUGUCUAAUUUCGUUAAUGCUCAAUUAAGCUUCUAUCAGGAUGCUGCUCGAAUUUUAUCCGAUCUACAUGGAGGACUUGAAAUGAGAUUGUUGGAUGCGCGUGAUCAUGCAAGACGACAAACUCCAUAUCCUAUUAGUUCAAAUAAUGCUUUACCAGAUAUACCUUCAUUAUAUCACGAUUCUGCGAAUUUCCAAAUGAAGCCAAAAUAUGAUGAUCAUUCAAACAAAACACCUCAAUGUGUUGCCUUGUAUGAUUUCAACGCUGAAAGUCCUUUUGAACUAUCUUUUUGUAAGGGCGAUUCGAUUAACUUAAUUGAACAGAUUGAUGAUAACUGGUAUUUGGGUGAGCUAAAUGGACAAGAAGGUCAUUUCCCAACAAAUUUCGUUCAUGUAACUUGUCCUUUACCAUGAAAUUCGUUUUUUUUUAAAGCAGUCGAUUUUUCAGUUCCUUCAUGAUAAAGUUUUAUUUCCAGUUUAAGCCUCAUCUAACCCUCCUCCAUGCUAUCACUGUUAGCAUGCUGUUUUUUUAAAAUUUUCUCUCUCUUUGCUUAUGAUUCGUUAACGAGUACACACUUGAAUAUACACAUACAAGUUACACUAAAUGAUAGAUUAUUACAAAUGAUGUAUUUAUCUAGUUUCCAUUAGAAUUAAGACAAUAAUUUUCAAAGUUUUUACCAACAGAGCAAUUAUUCUAUCCCUUGCUUUGUUCUUACGUCUUCCAUCUAAUUUCUUUGUGCCUGAAACAUCAUCAUUAAUUAAGUGCCAUUGUAUUUUAUAAAUAACCUUUUACCUGUUGUUUAUUUCGUUAUUUAUUAUGUAAAAUUAUUCUUCUUUUUAUCUAAUUUUCUUUUUGUUCUUCGAACAUUUUAAUUACGGCAAGCCUUUUUUUGUAAAUCAUGUCCAACGACUAUAUUCUCUUUUUUUAGGAUUGUUUACGUAAUGCCAGAAUUUUUUUUAUUUUUCUCAUUGUUCAUUUACUUUUUUAGCAAAUCAUUUAGUUUAUACUAAUAAUGCCCUGAAUAUAUGUAUUUAAUAUUUUCUUUUAUUGAAGUCAGCUAAUGUUGUUGAUUUAUUAUUAUUAACAUUUAUUAUUAUUGAGUACACAAACCUCCACCAGUAGCUAAUAUUAUUCAGCUUGUAGAUGAUUAAUGUCUUAAUGAUAAGGGGAACAACACUAUUUAUUUCUUCAAUGUCUUUGAUUCUUCUAAUUAAUUUAGCCAAUAUGACACCAUGUCCAAAGCCGAAAAUAUAUCAUGUGACAC